UGACGGGCGUCAAAGAAAAAAUUGGCGCAAACUUUCAAAMAUGUUAGGACAGGACGUUUUGCAGCAUAUUUUUAGCUUCCUCGAUGUGAAAUCAUUAUGUAUCUCUAGUCAAGUUUGUCAAGAGUGGUAUGAAGUUUCUCUUCUCAAUCACUUGUGGAAAUCGCACUGUCAGAUAUUUUGCUCGAAGCACAAGCGCCCUUGUCAUCUUGGUAGAGCUGAAAACUGGAAAGCAAGGUUCACGCAGUUGGUUUGCGGUAAAUUAUACUCAAGACCCAAGCCAAAAGAGCAAACUUUACCUUCAUUUGAACAGCUAAAGAAAGACCUUGUACCCUGUUGUGAAAGGUUUAGUGAGUUUGAAGUAAAACAGCGCAUUUCGAUUAAAAACUUCAUAGAUAGCAAGGGACUUAGCUACGUCGUAGGGAAAGCUUAUUACCAGCAUACAAAAACUGAAACUAUUAGUUUUAAAAAACAAAUUGUACUGAAAGAAAAGGAUAGUGGAAUGAUUUACAAGGGAGAAGCAGCCAGAAUGAUGGUGGGAUUGAAAAAAGGUACGCAAGAUUGGAAUAUUCACCCGUCCACCCUAAAUCCACAAACAACAAAGGACUUUAUUGUAUUUAUUCAAAGCACUUCAGUUAACAGAGUUUUGGUGCCUAAAUCCAAAGUACUUUAUGACUGUAAGUAAUAUUUAUCCCCUGAAUUGGUAUUGGUUGUAURUUAAUUAACAAUUUCAAUAAAUAGCAAUAAAUCUUGUAAAUUUCUCUACACAUCGUAUGAAAUCCUCGGUAGUAUAGUGGUGAGUAUCCCCGCCUGUCACGCGGGAGACCGGGGUUCGAUUCCCCG